UGCAGCUUUGUCUGCUUCUCCAGCGGACGCUCCGCCCCGCCCUGCCCUCCUCGGGGCUAUUUCCAGCCAUGACGUCACCUUGGUCCUGUGCGGAGGGCGGCCGUUGGGCGGGGGUGCGUCUGGCGGGAAGGCGGCAUGCGGACGGUGAGGGCGGGGCAAAGCUUUGGGGGCGGAGCAAGGACGGGGUGGGAAGGCGGGGUGGAUGCGGUGAGGGCGGGGCAGAGGCGGGGCGGGAAGGCGCGGGUGCUGUUGGGGCGGGGCAAGGAUGGGGUGGGAGAAGGCGCGGCGUAAGGGCUUCUGGCGGGAACGCAGCACAUGGACGGGGAGGGGAGCAAGAGGUUUGGGGCGGGGCGAGGUCAGCUGGCGGGAACGCUGCACGCGUAGGAGAGGAGGCCGCGUAGAUUGCGCCCGAGCCGGGUCGUCGUGGCGCGUGAGUAGCGACGGGCCGGAGCGGGGCCGGCGGCCUUUGCCGCACGUGCUGUUCCGCUCUGGGGAUUCCGGGGCGAAGCUGGCGGUGCCCCUUGCCUGGCGGGCUGAGUGGUCUGCGUUGUGACUUAACAGUCGACAUCGUGGAGCAGGCUGGAGAACAGAAACUGAGCAGAGUGGCAUUUGUUGACAUCAUGGACAUAUAUGAGUCGAUCCUGGAGAGGAAGCGGCAUGAUAGCGAGAGGUCUUCGUGCAGCAUCUUGGAGCAGACAGACAUCGAAGCUGUUGAGGCUCUUGUUUGUAUGAGCUCUUGGGGUCAAAGAUCCCAGAAAGGUGACUUAUUAAAGAUAAGACCCCUCACACCUGUCUCUGACUCUGGGGAUGUUACCACCACUGUGCAUGUGGAUGCCUCUGCACCUGAGCUACCAAAGGACUUCCAUUCUUUAUCAACUCUGUGCAUAACUCCUCCUCAGAGCCCUGAUCUCAUGGAACCAUCGACAGGGACGCCUGUUUCUUCCCAACCAACUGAUUCCAAAGUACAAGUAUGCAAAGCCAUGGCCAUGCCCCCGUCCUCUGCUGUUGCAGCCAGAGUGCUGAGCAGGAAGGUAGAAAGGGGCUUGCCAGGUUUGAAGCCAGAGCCACUAGAGCCAGCCCCCGGCCCCCCCUGCAGGGCCAUGGUGACCAGUGUGAUCCGACACACUGGGGAGACCCCUGUUCCCAUCCACUGUCCUACUAUCCAGACUUCAGAACGACAACUUUCUGACAACAGAGAAGGAGAAGCACAGUUUCUGGGACAUUUUGAAGCUUUGCAGAACUCAGGCCUCACAGACGGUUUACUCAGCAUUGACUCAAUGUCCUGUCAGCCUUGCUUGCACAAGUCUGGGAGCCUGCUCCCCACUGACAAAGGCCAGCAGGCAGGGUGGCCCAUCGAAGUUCCAACCUGCUCACCAAAGAAUUGUGAAAAUGACUUGCCAAGGAAAACCACUCCUCUCAUCUCUGUCCCUGUUCCCAGUCCUCCUGUCCUUUGCCAAAUGAUCCCUGUGAUUGGACAGAGUGGCAUGUUAUCAGCUUUUCUGAAGCCCCCUCCACAAUUGUCUGGGGGGACUGUCAAAUCCAUAUUACCCCAGGCUGCUCCGGUGCCUCCACAUGUGCUGGUGGGACCUCCUGUGUCUCAGGGAGCUGUCAUGCUGGUUCUGCCCCCGGGAGCGCUCCCCCAGCCUGCCACGUCUGCCAGCAUCAUGGCUAUUGGGAAUACCAAGUUGUUGCCCCUUGCCCCUGCUCCAGUGUUUAUUGCCUCCAACCAAAAUUGUGCCCCUCAGGUAGACUUUUCUCGAAGGAGGAAUUAUGUUUGCAGCUUCCCAGGCUGCCGGAAGACCUACUUCAAAAGUUCCCACCUUAAGGCUCAUCUUCGUACUCACACAGGGGAGAAGCCUUUCAACUGUAGCUGGGAUGGCUGUGAUAAAAAAUUUGCUCGUUCAGAUGAACUGUCUCGCCACCGCAGAACUCACACAGGGGAGAAGAAGUUUGUGUGCCCGGUGUGUGACCGACGUUUCAUGCGCAGUGACCACCUAACAAAGCAUGCCCGGCGUCACAUGACUACCAAGAAGCUCCCGGGCUGGCAGGCAGAGGUGGGCAAACUGAACAGGAUUGCCUCUGCAGAGUGCCCUGAUAGCCCACUCAUGACCAUGCCAGCUUCUGCCUGAAAGGUCGGCUAGGGCUUACUCAUGGGAUUUUUAAAAAGCCUCUUUUCAGGAACGGAACUGAUGGAUUCCUCUCCAAAAAAAAAAUGGUCUGGGGAGCUAGGGCACAGUUGGAGAGCUGGUUCUGAUGAAAGUUAUGUUAACUUUUCUGUUCUGGUUGGGACCCUGUUCAAUAUCUUUUGUAGUUUGAGAAAUUUUUUUUAAGGAAAUGGAAGAAAAUUUGGUAAUUUGAAUCACCAGCAUUCAGGCAGACAUUUCGGCAAUAAAGUUUACAAAAUCUGGGUUUUUACAGUCUUUCUAUUCAUGUUUUAUAGAAAUAAGACAGGGUACUAAUUUUUAUACUAUUUUUUAUAAGAAUAUUUAUAUUGUUGGUGCUCAGAUCACCAAUGUUUAGAUAGAUGAUUUUACAACCUUCUUUUCUGUGUUUAAUAACAAAGUUUGUAUAUGACCCUGCCUUUAGUAAACUUGACACAUUGUUCAGCCAAAACCAAACAAAAUCACACAUCUGUUAUCAGGACUUUUAGGUCUAAGAAUUUUUUUGAAAUUAGAACUGGCCGAAUAAGGGGCUCUUAAAGAAAAGGGAAAAAUACAUUUUGCAGUCAACUUCUUCAUAACAUUUUCAAGGGAAAUUCCAGGCAACCACUCCUGUCGCCCAAGGAAGUAUAGUUUUGGUUGACUUGAAGGUGGGACUUGUGAAGGAUGUACCCCAGAGAGUAGCUUACGCCACUGAGUGGACCCCCGCUGCAGGAACUGGUGCAGGAUCAAGUGUCUAUAUGUAAUGUUGGCUUUUAGGUUAUUGCUGUGCUGAAAGCAAGCCAUUCAGUGUCCUGAAUUUUUACCUGUAACACCAAAAAAGAUCAACUCUCAAACCCAACUCUUUGGCAGUUGUCUUCUUGUGAUGUGGCCUUAUCCAUGCUAUAUUGUGGGUAGAAGAAGUUCUUAGAGAAAAAGAACGUGUCUGAUCGGUUAGUGAACUUUCUACCAAAGUACACCUCACCGAAGUGAGGUAUAUUUGCAGGUAGAUGGUUCAAGGUUCAAUUCUUUAUCACAUACUGAAAACCGUAAGAAAUGCAAAUGACUCAAAAUGGCAGUAUGCUACCCAGCUGCCCUUUCUACCAACCUGAAAAAUGUUUAAAAUGGAGUAAACAUUCAUUUUCCUUAAGGAAAUUGUUUUGAUCAAACUAAAUUACAUGGAAUGGGGUUUUUUUGCAGUCUGCCUAGAAAACAGACAGUGUGCACCACUUGUGUGAGCACAUCCUACAUAUGUAAGAGGCUGUGGCUUCUUGCAUCUGAGAAGCCGCUGAAACUAGUUUUUGUUAAAAUGUGUUGGAAGUUCAGGCAACAGAAUAAAUGUAAGAUGAUGCAGAAUGUUGCACUACUUUGGUAGCCUGGGAAUUUUUUUUUAACGUGCAGUAUGUAUUUAGAGUUUGUCUUGGUCUAUUAGUUAUUGACAUUUACCUUUAUUAAAAUGAUGGUAAGGGGAACUAUUGAAUAAUUAAAUAAAAUGAGGUUUUGUGUUCAGGUGUUUUAGUCUGAUACGGCCCCCAUGUGGCUAUUCAUAGUGUGUAACGUGAUGCCCAUUAAGUUGCAUUUUACUGUCAGCUGACGUGUGUGUUUUUAGGAAGUUUUCGUGUUUGGACACUUCCUUAGCUGUGUGUUCCUGUUGUCAUGAGACGUAGCACAGUUGCAGGAAAACUGCAAUUGUACAUAGCUCACCACCCCCCCCCCCAUCCUUUCUCCUGCUCAUGUUCAAUCAGCAUAAACAUUUUCGACUAUGCCAUAAAUGGCAUCAAAUUUGGAUAUUUUUCUUAAUUAUGACAUGCAAAGUAACAUUAGUCCUACUAGUGUUUGGUGGAUACUACAAGGUCUUUGAGUGUUUGGUUACUUGUCACAUAGAAAGUCAUUCUCUGAGCAGUUUCUAAAGAAUAAAUAUGUAGAAAAUAGUUUUAAUUUACACUUCCAUUUCCUGAUUAGAUUUGGGGGUACCUUCUGUAAAUGAUUCCCCACCCCCAACCCAUUCUCUUGAAAGAUUGUGUUGGUAAACAGUUCCUGUCUGAAAAAGACUCUCGUGAGAACCAGAACCCUUGCUCGUUGGUCAGCAUGGAGCCCCUCAGCUGCGGCCAGGUGCUGGAGCUGGAGGGGAGAGGCGGUUUCCCCCAUGCACUUUAUCACCUGAGCAGUUUUGCUUGAUCUUUUCUGACUUUGAGCCUUUUAAGUAGUCUCAAUUAUAAAACUUAAAAUGGUUUGUAAUUAUGUUUUAUGUAACAGAUUUUGACUUAUUAUUUAAAUGAGUAUAUGUAAUAUAACUUUUUUCUUUGAAUCAUAUAAAACUUCCUCGAUUUGCAAACUA